AUGUCUCGAAAAUUCAACGAGUACAAAACGCGGGCCGACCAGAACCCCGUAGAGGCGCUGAACGAGCUAGAAUACCUCCGGGGGCAGAUUUUCCAGUGUGGCAACGCCUACCUCCAAGACCCGAUCGUGUUUACGCGAUUCAUGGACUCCCUGCCGUCCGAGUACGAGGUGACGAAGGAGACCCUAGCAUCAACCACUGAACUCACAAGGGACACCCUCAUCCGGGUGGCGGUUCCCCGGUUCAACAACAUAGAUAGCAAGAAAGCAGCGGGAGUGAAAGCAGCAAAGGCGUCAGAACAGGCCUUCCUCGCCCGCGACUGUAAGAAGGGGCAACGGAGUGGCCGUGGGGGCAAAAGAGAGGACGGGGCUACGGCGGAUACAACCUUGUGGUUGAGAUUCGUGAGUGGUUUGUUGAGUAAUGUUGCUUGUGACGAAUGA